CCACCGAGCAACAUUUUCAUUCGCUGUCCGGACACGACCCAUACGGUAUUAGAUUUCAACUUUGUAGUGAAAUUCCCCAAAGAAAAACACCAAAUGCGGCCUGUCAAUAGUUCCGCAGGUAGAUAUCGUCAAAGAAAUAACAACGAAUCGGCGGAUAAUAAUGGAAAUAAGAAUCUGAAAAUCAACGAGGGGCUACUUCGCUUGUUUUCCGUCUUCAACAUCCUGCUCUACAACGUUUGCAUUGGCUUAGAGGUGGUUUAUCCGUACCUCGGCCAAGGCAUCUGGGGUUCGAGCAUUCACAUGGUUUCAGGAUUGUUGGGAUUCGGUGCAUCCUAUCGCCCGACGCGCACAAGGUUGUCAUUUGUUAUGGCAUUUUCUUGUCUGUCCAUCUUGUUCGGCUUCAUAGUCAGUGGUUUGUCUUGGGCCGGCUACACAUAUUGUGACCCGUACUAUUCAUACGAAAAUCACAAAGACGGGGUAUACAUUGUGGGAGAUUGCCCCAGGCCGGCCUCUCAAUUGGCUCUGAUGAUUGUCAACAUUGUCGCCAUCGUCAUCAGCAGUUUCGUUGUGGCAUUAGUUUCGAAUCCGCUUUGCUGUGCCAAUCAGUCGGCAACGCAAAAUCUUCAUUCUUCCACCAUCCGCAUUUCUACGAUCGACAUGCCAGCAGAUACACCGGAUCUUUCAACCGGAACUAGAACAGUGAUUUCGUCCACGGGCAUCCACCUCUUUUCCUCGCACCGACCGAAAAUGGAAAUAUUAUCCCGAUUGGCUUUAUUUUCUCGACGCCAGGAAGAAGAAGAAAGACCUCCUCGCUAUUCGAUUGCUGUGGCAGAAUCUGAUUGGCUUUAGAGACGCACGUAACAAGAGACGAUAAAUAGCGGAAGUUUAACGUCAAAGUGCACCAGUCACUCUCACAUCUGAC